UUUUUUUCAAAACAAAUUUAUUCAUUUAUUUUGUACAAUAUUAAAAUUAAGACAAAACAGUUUCUAUGAAUUAAUUUCAUGAUUAUAAUUACAUCUCCGUGUUUCAAACAUCAUCCAAUAUAAUGCAGUUAAACUAAAUAAAUUAUCUUGUAGAUGUGAUUGAGCAGUGGGCUUCAGUGUCUCUAACGGACCAUCUGGUUCUGAUUGAAGCUCCAUCAGAUCCUCCUUGGAUGGUCAGAGUGGAAAUGAUUCCUGGUUUUUCUCCAUAUCAGAGCUCAACACUAAGAUCACCAAACUUCUCUCAGUCAUUUCAAACCAACAUAUUGGUCUCAGAAACAAAUCUUUCUGCUCUUUAAAGAAGGCUGGACAUUAUUCAGGAGGAUCAAUGAUCAGGAACAUGUUGGAGGAUUGGACCGGUUCUGAUAGGAAUCAUUUAGAACAUCAGGUUCAUGAUCUGUCUGGUUCUGUUGUGUCUCACAGCUCUUUAUUUUACAAACGGUCACAAUAAAAUUAAUCUUUAAAACAGAACUCCACAGAAAGUUCUUAGAGUUUUUUUUUACCAGGUUCCAUCAGAGUUUCACACAAGAAGAAGAACCAGAACCCAUCUGUGUGUCCUUUAAAAGCAACAAUUCAAUGGAUCAUAAGAUUGACUUUAAAUCUCCUGGACCGCCAUCAUCAGAGAGGUGCACCGUUACUAAUUGUUGUAACUGUAGAAAUAGAACCAGUAAGAACUCAGAUGUUCCCAGUUAUAUUUACAGAGAGGUUUGAUCUAUUAUCUACAAAAAUCAGCUGCUCUGUUUUAAUGAAAACACCAUCUUAUCUUCAUCACUGGGGUGUUGAUGAUGAUGUUCUGCUGCUUCCUGGCUCCAUGUCAGACUGUGGAAGACAUUUCCAUGACCUCCUCCAUGUCCACAUCACCUCAGAUCUAUUCAUAGGAACCUGAUGGAUGUCCCACACUGUCCUGAAGAUCUGUGUGGACAGAGCCUUCAUUUCCACUGUCCCCAACCUCUGGGAAAAUGUCUCCACCAGCAUCAGAUCUGCUGACAGUGUGGACUGUUAGAAGUCCACUUUCAGUACCAACUUUUUGAAAUGUCUACUGGGUGUUUCUGGUGUUACUGGUCUCCAUUGUUGUAGUUAAUAUUCCACCUAACUUCUUUGUAUUAUUUUUAUGUGAUGCUCUGUUUUUCUGCUUUAUGGAAUUUUAAUGUCAAAGUCUUGGUGAUUCAAUCUGUGAAUACUGAUGAAUGAAUAUUUCCUGACUUCCUAAUUGUUCCUGGUUCCUCCACAGAGUGGACCAGCAGAGCUCAGAGGUUCCCAGUGGUCUGUCUGCCCAGCAGAAACAAACACAGCUUCAUGCUGUGUUUGACUCCAUAUUUAUGCUGCUGGAGGACAAUAUUGUCACUUUUGUGAAGAAAGAACUGAAGAAGAUCCAGAAAGAUCUGAGUCCAGAUUACCCAGAACAUUCAGAGAGUCAGAGAGAUGACGAUGUGUUGGAAGCUGAUGAUGAAGAACAGAGGAGGAGCAGCAGAGAGGCAGUGAUGAAGAUCACACUGAACUUCCUGAGGAGGAUGAAGCAGGAAAAGCUGGCUGACUGUCUGCAGAGCAGACAUUUUGCUCCAGUUUGUCAACAUCAACUUAAAUCUGGUCUGAAGAAGAAGUUCCAGUCUGUGUUUGAGGGAAUUGCUAAAGCAGGAAGUCCAACCCUUCUGAACCAGAUCUACACAGAGCUCUACAUCACAGAGGGAGGAACUGGAGAGGUCAAUGAUGAACAUGAGGUCAGACAGAUUGAAACAGCAUCCAGGAAAACACACAGACCAGAAACAACAGUCAGACAAGAAGACAUCUUUAAAGUCCCACCUGGAAGAGAUCAACCAAUCAGAACAGUGAUGACAAAGGGAGUGGCUGGCAUUGGGAAAACAGUCCUAACACAGAAGUUCACUCUGGACUGGGCUGAAGACAAAGCCCACCAGAACAUCCAGUUCAUAUUUCCAUUCACGUUCAGGGAGCUGAAUGUGCUGAAAGAGAAAAAGUUCACCUUGGUGGAACUUGUUCAUCAUUUCUUUAGUGAAACCAAAGAAAUCUGCAGCUUUGAACACUUCCAGGUUCUGUUCAUCUUUGAUGGUCUGGAUGAGAGUCGACUUCCUCUGGACUUCCACAACAAGGAGAUUCUGACUGAUGCUACAGAGUCCACCUCAGUGGACGUUCUGCUGACAAACCUCAUCAGGGGGAAACUGCUUCCCUCUGCUCUCCUCUGGAUAACCACACGACCUGCAGCAGCCAAUCAGAUCCCUCCUCAGUGUGUUGGCAUGGUAACAGAGGUCAGAGGGUUCAACGACCCACAGAAGGAGGAGUACUUCAGGAAGAGAUUCAGAGAUGAGGAGCAGGCCAGCCGGAUCAUCUCCCACAUGAAGACAUCACGAAGCCUCCACAUCAUGUGCCACAUCCCAGUCUUCUGCUGGAUUACUGCUACAGUUCUGGAGGAUGUGUUGGAGACCAGAGAGGGAGGAGAGCUGCCCAGAACCCUGACUGAGAUGUACAUCCACUUCCUGGUGGUUCAGACCAAAGUGAAGAAGGUCAAGUAUGAUGGAGGAGCUGAAACAGAUCCACACUGGAGUCCAGAGAGCAGGAAGAUGAUUGAGUCUCUGGGAAAACUGGCUUUUGAUCAGCUGCAGAAAGGAAACCUGAUCUUCUAUGAAUCAGACCUGACAGAGUGUGGCAUCGAUAUCAGAGCAGCCUCAGUGUACUCAGGAGUGUUCACACAAAUCUUUAAAGAGGAGAGAGGUCUGUACCAGGACAAGCUGUUCUGCUUCGUCCAUCUGAGUGUUCAGGAGUUUCUGGCUGCUCUUCAUGUUCAUCUGACCUUCAUCAACUCUGGUUCUGACGUGAUGAAAGAAACUCAAAUAUCUAAGGAAUCUUCAUUACUUAAUAAAUCUGACCUAAAAUCUCUCCAUCAGAGAGCUGUUGACCAGGCCUUACAGAGUCCAAAUGGACACCUGGACUUGUUCCUCCGCUUCCUCCUGGGACUUUCACUGCAGACCAAUCAGAGACUCCUACAAGGUCUGCUGACAAAGACAGGAAGUAGCUCACAGACCAAUCAGGAAACAGUUCAGUACAUCAAGGAGAAGAUCAAUGAAAAUGUGUCUGCAGAGAAAAGCAUCAAUCUGUUCCACUGUCUAAAUGAACUGAAUGAUCGUUCUCUAGUGGAGGAGAUCCAACAGUCUCUGAGUUCAGGAAGUCUCUCCACAGAUAAACUAUCUCCUGCUCAGUGGUCAGCUCUGGGUUUCAUCUUAGUGUCAUCAGGAAAAGAUGUGGAUGUGUUUGACCUGAAGAAAUACUCUGCUUCAGAGGAGGCUCUUCUGAGGCUGCUGCCAGUGGUUAAAGCCUCCAACAAAGCUCUACUGAGUGUCUGUAACCUCUCAGAGAGAAGCUGUGAAGCUCUGUCCUCAGUUCUCAGCUCCCAGUCCUCCAGUCUCAGAGAACUGGACCUGAGUAACAACAAGCUGCAGGAUUCAGGAGUGAAGCUUCUCUCUGCUGGACUGAAGAGUCCAAACUGCAACCUGGAAACUCUCAGCUUAUCAGGCUGUUUGGUCUCAGAGGAAGGCUGUGCUUCUCUGGCCUCAGCUCUGACCUCCAACCCCUCCCAUCUGAAAGAGUUGGACCUGAGCUACAAUCAUCCAGGAGACUCAGGAGUGAAGCUGCUGUGGGCUGGACUGAAGGAUCCACACUGGAGACUGGAAGCUCUCAGGGUGGAGCCUGCUGGAGUCCCAUUCUUGACACCAGGUCUUAGGAAGUAUUCCUGUCAACUCACCAUCGACACAAACACAUUGAGCAGAAACCUCAAACUGUCUGAAGACAACAGGAAGGUGACACAUGUGAAGGAGCUUCAGUCAUAUCCUGAUCAUCCAGACAGAUUUGAUUACUGGAAUCAGCUGCUGUGUAGAACUGGUCUGACUGGUCGCUGUUACUGGGAGGUCGAGUGGAGAGGAGAUGUUUAUAUAUCAGUGAGUUACAGAAGAAUCAGGAGGAAAGGAGGCAGUAGAGACUGUUGGUUUGGAUGUAAUAAUCAUUCCUGGAGUCUGAGCUGCUCUGAUGAUGGUUACUCUGUCUGGCACAAUGACAUAAAAACUUGUCUCUCCUCCUCCUCUGUCUCUAACAGAGUAGCAGUGUAUGUGGACUGUCCUGCUGGCAUUCUGUCCUUCUACAGAGUUUCCUCUGACUCACUGAUCCUCCUCCACACCUUCAACACCACAUUCACUGAACCUCUGAUUCCUGGAUUUAGGUUCUGGAGGUCCAGUUCUGGUUCCUCAAAACUCUGGGCGGAAACCGAAACCAGAGUUCUCAAAAUGAGCCCAGAGACGAUUAUACUCCAGGGGAACACCAUCUUCAAAGACCUGAUGAAGGAGUGCAAGAAGGUAGAGAACAUCCUCCUUCUCCUGGAGGCAGGAACCCCGAUACUAGAGAGAAAUGUCCUGGAACACCGUAAACGUUUCCACCUGAAACUCUUUCCAGGUUCCAAGGUGAAGCCAAGGUCGACUGGAGUCAUUUCCAGGUAUUUCAUGGACAUCAUUCGCUCUUCUUCAUCUUCCGUCCUCCAUUGUUGCAGGAACUGA